AUGGAGGAAAAGCCUUUCAGAGCGUCUUUGGGCAGCGGUGGCUCGGACACGUCCAGACCAGACAACGACAUCCGGAAUCUGUGGACCAGGGCCACGCUGUCGCAGUCGAAGCUGAAUGUGCCUCUGCCCAAUGUCUGCGAGGACUCCGACCUGGAGGACAGCAGCCCACACAGCAAGACUCGCCAGUGGCGCAACGAGAAGGCCCGCCGUGACUCGGACGGUGGUUGGGAUCACGGAGAGUACAAGGGCGGUUUCAAGCAGGAGGAGCUGGAGGACCAUUCCUUGUUGGAGCUGCAGCUCCGUCAGGAAAGCUCCCUGGGAAGCCAUUUAGAGGAGGGGGACGUCGAUUCCAAGACCGAGAUUGAAAUGUCUUCCUCAGAGUCAUCGCUCAAUAUCUUGAAGCACACACCCCAUCGAGCCUACUGGGCGGAGCAGCAGAACAGGCUGCCACUGCCUCUGAUGGAACUCAUGGAGAAUGAAGCUCUGGAAAUCCUCACCAAAGCCCUCCGGAGCUACCGGUCAGCCAUAGGCCGGGACCACUUCCUGACCAAGCAGCUGCAGCGAUCUAUCGAAGGGCUCAAGAGGCGCCGGAGCAAGAGGCUGAACCCCUUGGCGUACUGA